AUGUCCAUACCAUCACCACCAUCACCACUACAUCUACUCUCAAACAAUAUCUUCCAAAAGAAAAGAAAAAGAACCAUCCAUCACCCACAACCUCAACAAUCAACGGGCCCUACUUCACUCAUAAAAAUGGCCGCUGUCGUCCUCGCCAUCGGCGCCGCAAUCUACUUCACCGCCGAAAAAAUCCACGAUCACCGAGAAAAGAAACGGGCUUUGAAGGCUAAAAAUACAUCCAAACACGCUCUGCUUGAAGACGAUCAGACCAUCGGGGACCUUCCUGCCUACCAUAAGGAGAAACUGCCAGCAUACGACAUGGUAGAUCAGCACCGGCACCCUGCACUUGUGUCCGCGGGUUCAUCGCGGCACCAUCCUCACGGCCGUUAG